AUGGUUGGUUGCUUAAUCCUUACUGCUAUACCGACAUUUGACGGAAAGAUGUUUUCAUGGAAAUGCGUCACAGAUUUCAAGAAUUGUGAUGAACUUAAGGGUCAAACUGGAUAUAUGAAAACUGUUGCGAUUUUUAUGUGUUUGGCCCUCUUUUUUGAAUUGGUCGCUCUGGUCUGGAAUCUUAUCGCAUUCUGUGCAUGUUGCUGCAAGAAGUACCUUAUUCAUCCACUGACUGCACUUUCACUUCUAGUGACUGUAAUGCUUCUUGUUUCUGUUAUCGUGUAUGCUGUGAACAACAAAGACAACCUUGGUGAUAAAAUCGACCAUAAAGAUCAAUACGGUUACUCAUUCUGGUUGUCGGUGUGCGCUCUCGUGCUGGCCGCUGCUGAUACCGUAAUUGCCAGCUUAACUGUCUGCUUAGGAACGAGAUGUUUGUAG